AUGGAUGAUCAUCACACUCUUAAUAACGAGUGGACCAUGAAGAUGAAUCAGCAUGAUACCCGAGAUAAGGAGAUGAACGGAUCCAAAUCUGCAUCUUUCACACACUUUGAACUGCAUGAUACCCGAGAUAAGGAGAUGAACGGAUCCAAAUCUGCAUCUUUCACACACUUUGAACUGGUGGGUUUUCCAGGUCUCAUGGACUACAAGAUGGUUCUCUUUGUUGGAUUCCUCAUACUCCUGUUAAUUACCAUCACCGCUAAUCUCCUUAUUCUCUUUCUAGUUUCAAUGGACCACAGGCUUCACACACCUAUGUACUUUUUCCUUUGUAAUUUAUCCCUUUUAGACAUGUUAAUGGCAAUAUCGAUCAUUCCCAAACUUCUGGCAGUUCUUUCUGGGUAUGACAAUACUAUUUCUAUUGCUACUUGCUUUGGACAAAUGUAUUUCAUAAUGUCUAUUGGUUCAGCAGAAAACUGCUUGGUGGCAGCAAUGGCAUAUGACAGAUACAUCGCAGUGGUUAAGCCGUUACAUUAUAAUGUGAUAAUAAAUCUGAAGAAAUGUGUGGUUAUAACGGCCAUCGUGUGGAUACUUGGGUUUAUAAUUCCGGCUCCUUCUGUUUUCUUAGCUUUUGGGCUGCCCUAUUGUGCUGCAUAUAAAAUCAUGCACUGUUUCUGUGACUACCCAGCUGUACUUUCCCUGGCUUGUGCUGACAUUAGUGUCCAUGCCAAUGGCACAUUUGGCGCUGCACUGUUUGUCAAUUAUGUACCCUUGCUUUUUGUUCUGUGGACGUAUGUCAGAAUUAUACUGUCUGUUCUAAAACUGAAAUCAACGGCAAGUCUAGCAAAAGCUUUUUCAAUGUGCUCUUCACAUAUGACCGUGGUGCUGAUGUAUUACGUGUCUGCUUCUGUUGUGUAUGCAGGAUUGAAAACCGACGGACUCUCACCCGACGGGCGCAUUUUUAUUGGAGGCUUGAAUUACUUUUUAAUGCCAAUGGUGAACCCUAUGAUUUACAGCUUAAGAAAUGAAAAGAUGAAGGAUGCAACAAAAAAAUACAUUCAGUUUAAAGCUCUUUUUCCACACAAUACCAAAACGUCCAUUAGCACUGUGGAAGGAGACUUACCAAAAAGUUAAGUGAUAUUUUCUUCUUCCUAAUAAAUCUUUUGCUUCACAGAUUGUAAAACAUUUGCUGCUUACACUCUACGUUUGAUUUCCUUUUGAAUGUUCAGGAAAAGAAAGUAUAAAGCAGAAACCCUAAUUUCCUUCAAAAAUGAUAUGAAUGAAGUUUGUAUAUUUAGAAAUUAGUAUAACCAAAUGAGGACCUGAGAUAAUAAAGUCAAGACAGCUAAGGUGUAAGUAUGAGAU